UCAAAAUUUGUGAUUGACACAUCUGCUGAGGGACAAUUAAAAUUUUGCCAUCGAUCCUCGGCACAGCGGAGUAAAUGCAGAAACAAGAAUGAGCAACUGAUUUCGGAUCAAAUAGUAAGAUACCUGAUAUGUCAAUAUGUUUCUGGAACCUAGUGAUACAAAACCAAGCCUGGCUCAAAUGGUGCUGAUAGCUGCACUCAUUGUUCUUCCCCAAGACCUGAGCAGCAAAGGAGGAGCACAGGCAUGGAGCUACAGCAGCAGUUCAAACCGCAGAUGGCUUGAGGCCCGUCAGUGGUGCAGAGAGCACUACACAGACAUGGUGUUCAUCAGGAGCAAGGAGGAGAAUGACUACCUCAACAAUCUGCUGCCAUUUAACUCAAAAUAUUACUGGAUAGGUGUUCAAAAAGCAAACGAAACAUGGAUUUGGGCUCGAACCAAUCAGCAGGUGCCUCAAGAAACUCAGAAUUGGGCACCCAAUGAGCCAGAUAACUUACAGGCCCAAGACUGUGUGGAGCUUUACAUAAAGAGGGAGGUAGACACAGGCAAGUGGAACAAUGAAGGCUGUCGUAAAAGGAAGGGAACCAUCUGCUACAAGGCAUCUUGUGAACAAAAUUCAUGCAGUGCCCAUGCAGACUGUGUGGAGACCAUCGGGAACCACACCUGCAAGUGCCAUCCUGGCUUCAUGGGAUCAACCUGUGAAGAGGCAAUUGAAUGCAAACCCUUGCUGGAUCCAGAACAUUGUUCUCACUCCUGUAUCAAUCCCUAUGGGUCUGCACGUUUCAACUCUUCCUGCAAUUUCCGAUGUGAACUUGGCUUUCAGUUAAAGGGCGUUCCCGAAUUGCUCUGCCAAGCCAGCGGUCAAUGGAACCAUCCGGUUCCUCAGUGUCAAGUUAAAAAGUGUCACGUUCUCAACGACACCAUCAUCAGCGCAGGUAGUAUGAACUGCAGCCACCCUAUAGCACCUUACAGCUACAACUCCACCUGCAAGUUCAGGUGUAAUGAAGGCUUUGAGAUCAGGGGACAGGACCAGAUACGAUGUGAUCACACCAGCAAGUGGACAGCCAGUGUCCCAGCAUGUACAGUGAAAAAAUGCCCCCCUAUUUUGUUUCCUGUUACGGGAAACAUGACAUGUGUGGACACUUUGGGCUCAUUCUCCUUUGGCUCAAGGUGUAACUUCACCUGCCAGGAAGGAUAUGACCUGACCGGUGACAACACACUUGAAUGUCUGGCCUCGGGAAAGUGGAGCAAACCUAUACCUUCAUGUAAAGUGGUACAGUGCAACAGUCUGAAGGCUCCAACUCAUGCCUCCAUGCAAUGCCAAGACCUUCUUCAAGUGUUCAGUUAUGGCUCAACAUGCAGCAUCGAAUGUGAGGAAGGAUUUGACUUGAUUGGCACAAACAUGACAAAAUGUUCCUCACAGGGGGACUGGAGUCAUGCACUUCCUGUUUGCAGAGCAAGGAGAUGUCCCUCUCUGAGCUCCCCCUCUCAUGGCUCCGUACUCUGCUCUGAUCCCUAUGGAGGGUUUAGUUUUGGUUCUCAGUGCCAAUCAACCUGUGAAGAGGGCUUUCUUCUGAAUGGGACUGCAGAUACAGAGUGCAUGUCUCUCGGCAGGUGGACUGCAGAACUCCCAAACUGCACAGCUAAAAGAUGUCCCACUCUGAGCUCCCCCUCUCAUGGUUCCAUGUUUUGCUCUGGUCCUCAUGGAGACUUACAUUUUGGCUCCCGUUGCACAUCAACCUGUGAAGAAGGCUUUGACCUGGAUGGGACUGCAGACACAGACUGCACCUCUUUGGGCAGAUGGAGCACAGAUAUCCCCAAAUGCUUGGCUAAGAAAUGUCCCACUCUGAGCUCUCCCUCGCAUGGCUCCUUAUCUUGCUCUGGUCCACAUGGAGAGUUUAGGUUUGCUUCUCAGUGCACAUCAACCUGUAACAGAGGCUUUAUCCUAAAUGGGACUGCUGAAACAGUAUGCACUUCUCUGGGAGAGUGGACUUCAGACAGGCCACGUUGCUUAGCACACCCAUGCCCUCUACUGGCCAAGGCUCCACAAUAUGGGAAGAUGAAUUGUAGUCAUCUGCACUCACCUUUCAGUUUUGGCUCCCUCUGUGACUUUGAUUGCAGUGAGGGGUUCAGCCUCACAGGAAAUCCAACUCUGGCAUGCAACCAGUCAGGUCUCUGGAGUCAGAACCUCCCCACUUGCCAGCCUGUACAGUGUGGUGCAAUUCAGGCCCUGUCUGUAAUUAUUUCAAUGAACUGCUCACAUCCUCUAAGAGAACACAGCUUUGGCUCUCAGUGUCACUUUACCUGUAGAGAUGGAUACUCUCUGAAUGGCACAGAGAUGCUGUUUUGUUCCUCUGGUGGAGUUUGGAAUGACAGCCUGCCACAAUGCAUGGUGGAAGGUAUCUCACUGGGGGCUGCCCUCCUGAUGUAUACCGGUAUAGGAGCCGCCGCUGUUGCCGUGCCUCUUCUUCUGAUUGGAGUGGCUUUCUUGAUUAUUAUACAGUUAAAGAAAGGAGAUGAUUCAAUCUUGUCUAAUACAUCAGCAUGGGGAGACAGAGAGAAUCCAGCGUUUGAAUUUGAUUGAUGGGUUUCUUAAAUACUCCAAUCUAAUGCAUGCAUUUUUAUUUCUGAACAAAAAAAGGAUUCAAUCAUAAUUAAACACUUGAAUAUUUGAGAUUUUUUUCAUGCACUUUCUCUGAAACCUCAAUUCUGAAUAAUCACUUUUUUUAUUUUUUACAAUUCAUGAAUGAUAUAUGACAUAAAGUAAGAUGCGUGAACUCCUGCUUGUAUUGCUUCUCAAUAAAAUAUUAAUAAUUCUUCA